AUGGACAAGAGCACCAGCGGCCACCUCAUGCGCACGAGCUCCUCCUCCUCCUCCUCCUCCUCGUCCGCGGCGGGGCCUUCGUCGCCGAAGCGGCCGGCGGGGCGGACCAAGUUCCAGGAGACGCGGCACCCGGUGUUCCGCGGGGUGCGGCGGCGGGGGCGCGCCGGGAGGUGGGUGUGCGAGGUGCGCGUCCCGGGCAGCCGCGGCGACCGCCUCUGGGUCGGCACGUUCGACACCGCCGACGAGGCCGCGCGCGCGCACGACGCCGCCAUGCUCGCGCUCUGCGGGGAGUCGGCCAGCCUCAACUUCCCCGACUCCGCCUGGCUGCUCCACGUCCCGCCCGCCUCCGGCGGCGCCCAGGGCCAGCUGCCCGACGUGCAGCGCGCGGCCAGCGAGGCCGUGGCGGAGUUCCUGCGCCGGGGCGCCCAGGGGCGCGCCGCCGCGUCGAGCGCUCCUCCCUCGGAGCCCGCCAGUAGUGCCCCUCCGUCCUCAUCGCCGGUGACUUCUGCGCCGACAGUCGUGACAGGCGCCGCUUCCGCUGCGGCUACGCUGGACAACGGCAUGCUUAACGGCGACAUGUUCGGCGAUAUGCGCGCCGACCUGUACUACGCGAGCUUGGCGCAGGGGCUGCUCAUGGAGCCGCCGCCGCCGCCGGCCGGCGUGGAGUGCUGCGACGACGAAGGAUCCGGCGGCGCUGAAAUGGAGCUGUGGAGCUAG